AUGUCUUCACCGCGAGAAACCCCCUCACCUGACCGUACUGGUCUUGAAAUCAGUCAGAGAGGAAGCUCCUCUCAAUCGGAAACCGCAGAAAUCGUUGCCGUUCGACGACCGGACAAGAAUGAUCUUACUUUCACGAUGUCAUAUGACUCUCCAAAUAAGAGCAAUGCUCAUUUGACUGAUGCUAAUGCUACUAGGAAUCCGUUCUCCUUGGAUAGGGAACACAAAGAUCAUUGUCCGUCGCCAUCUGAUGUCGAUGACCAAGACAGUAGAUCCAUACAAUCCAGCCUGUGUAGAUCAGAAGAUGAAGACUGCGUUUCUGGACCUUAUCCCAAGACAUCAAGCCAGCUAGAUUGUCGGUGCUUGCAGGAUCGUCUGGCUAUACUGACGUCAAAACGCCAUAACGGUAUUGCUAGCUCGUCUAAUAUGGCCGGCGAUGCUUCCCGUCAAGCUUUUACCGAUGAUAUAAAAAAUCCCGAAUUGUCUCAGAUCCUCAUUAGAUGUGGAGAAUCAGCCCAAAGGGCCCGAAGACGUCAAAUUCCAGAUUAUCCAAGUAUUCCUGAGGACUCAUCUUCAUCUUGUCCAGAAGAUGAUUCGGCUGCAGAGAUUGAGUUUGAAGAAGAUGACUAG